GAGCUGCAACUUCAGGAAACAGAGACUGUUAACCUCACUUAUACAAUUUAUCCGAUGACUGGUUUAAUAGAAAUUCUCAGGAGCUAUCAAACGGGUAUCACAGUGGAUCCUGAAAUAGACACACUUCAUCUUAUUGUGCCUGAACAUUAUAAAAGUUUAAAGUAUAGGCUUGACCCACGCAACCAGCCUGACAAAGAAGAAAGACUUGACUAUUUUGUUACUGUGUUGGGGACUGAGACCUUUACCAGUGGCAAACACUACUGGGAAGUAGAUGUGGAAGGUCAGACAGAAUGGGUACUUGGAAUCUGUGAGGAUUCAGUCAGCAAAAAUGAGAAUGUCUCCAUAUUAUCUGAAGAUGUAAAAGCCAUAAUAGGCUCAAAAGUUAAAAAUCAAGGAUUCUUCUGGAGUUCAGAAGGUUGCUUUAGUUCGAUACCUCCAUGCAAGAUGGGCGUUUUCCUUGACUAUGACGAGGGCAACAUUACUUUUUAUGAUGUUCAUGAAAAUAUUGUUCUCAUUGGUUUCCUACAUUUAGCUUUUCGAGGGCCUGUUCGCCCUUUCUUCUCUACUUCUUUUGUUAAUAAGGGAAGUUCCUCUUAAUCACCCAUUACCUACCCCAGCAACUGUCAGAAGACACAUGCUACUUACUCUUAGAAUCUGAAUGAGAAAUA